AUCACAGUCUUCUAACAAUCCAAUCUCAACAGGAAAAACCUUAGCUCAGUGCUCUCUCAAUCAGCCCGUAAAGAAAUCAAAACUCAAUCAUGGGUGUACUCACUUUCACUGAGGAGCACACAUCUGCAGUUUCUCCAUCAAGAAUCUUCAAAGCUUCAAUCCUGGACGCCAACAACUUGAUCCCAAAGCUUCUUCCACAGGUCAUCAAGAGCAUGGAAUUCAUUCAAGGCACUGGCAGUCCUGGGAGCAUCAAACAGAUCUGUUUUGCUGAAGGUAGCACUCUGAGUAGUUUGAAGUAUCGGAUUGAUGAGCUGAAUGAAGAGACAUAUACGUAUAAUUACACAGUAAUUGAAGGCGAUGCGUUGACAGACAAACUUGAGAAGAUCACUCAUGAGGUGAAGUUGGAGGCAGCGCCCGGUGGUGGCACAUUCUCUAAGGUGACGAGCACGUAUUACACGAAAGGCGAUUUUGCUCUGAAAGAGGAAGAUGUUAAAGCAGGGAAGGAGAGGGUGCUUGGGGUAUACAAGGUUGUUGAGGCUUACCUCCUCAACAACCCCGAUGCCUAUGCUUAAAGAUUGUAGUGCACUUCUUCUCUUUAAGUUAUGAAUAAGGAUCUUUAGCUGUUUGGUCCCCAUUGAAAUACAUUUGCAGACCAUCAGGCAUUGGAUCUAGUAUGUGCUUUGUACUGAGUCAGUUCUGUUCUUUACAAUGGAAAUAAAAGAUGUAUGUUAUAUU